GAUACAGAGACACUCUCUCCUGUUUUAGUUUUGCAGAGAGAAACCGCUGAGAGAGAAAUCGGAGAACACCAUGGAUGCGGAAAUAGCGCAGAAAACGUGGGAGCUGGAGAACAACAUAGUUCCGAUGGACACUCCUCCGGCGAUGAGCAAGACCGACCCUUCGGCCGACGCCAUCUUCUACUACGACGAGGCGGCGCAGACGAAGUUCCAGCAGGAGAAGCCCUGGGUUAACGACCCCCACUUCUUCAAGCGCGUCAAGAUCUCCGCACUCGCGCUCCUCAAGAUGGUCGUCCACGCGCGCUCCGGUGGGACCAUCGAGGUCAUGGGCCUCAUGCAGGGCAAGACCGACGGCGACGCCAUCAUCGUCAUGGACGCGUUUGCUUUGCCGGUCGAGGGGACCGAGACUAGGGUUAAUGCCCAGGCCGAUGCCUAUGAGUAUAUGGUUGAUUAUUCCCAGACUAACAAACAGGCGGGGCGACUGGAGAAUGUUGUUGGAUGGUACCAUUCUCACCCUGGUUAUGGAUGCUGGCUUUCGGGUAUUGAUGUUUCAACUCAGAUGUUGAACCAGCAAUUUCAGGAGCCCUUCUUGGCUGUUGUUAUUGACCCCACUCGGACAGUGUCUGCUGGGAAGGUUGACAUCGGUGCGUUCAGGACAUACCCAGAGGGAUACAAGCCUCCAGAUGAUCCCAUCUCCGAGUAUCAGACCAUUCCUCUCAACAAAAUUGAGGACUUUGGUGUGCACUGUAAACAGUAUUACUCUCUGGAUAUCACUUAUUUCAAGUCUUGCCUUGACUCCCACCUCUUGGAUCUGCUCUGGAAUAAGUAUUGGGUGAAUACUCUAUCCUCCUCACCUUUGUUGGGUAAUGGAGACUAUGUUGCAGGACAAAUUUCGGAUUUAGCUGAAAAGCUGGAGCAAGCAGAGAAUCAUUUGUCUCAUUCCCGCUUUGGACCAUUAGUAACACCCACACAACGAAAGAAGGAUGAAGAAUCACAACUUGCUAAAAUUACUCGGGACAGUGCAAAGAUAACUGUGGAGCAAGUGCAUGGUCUGAUGUCACAGGUUAUCAAGGACAUUCUUUUCAACUCUGUACAGCAAUCCAACAAAUCCAACACCGAACCAUCUGGCCCUGAGCCAAUGAUUGAAAGUUGAUUUUAGCAUUCUGGUGGCAGCAACAAUCCUUGAUCAUUUACAUGUCUGUAGUUGAAUUUUGAUCAAAUCCGGGUUACAGUUUAUAGACUGAUAUUUGAGUCCAUUGUUGCCUGCUACGCUUUUGUAAAUCCCUGAGGCUCCCUGCGGUGUUGAUGGUGAUUUUUUAGGGAUUGCCAUUUUGCUAAUUCUAAAAUUUAUAUAUCUAUUAUGUUUGGUGCG